CCUUCCGAUUCUUCGUGAUCCCUUAAGGCGACGAAGCCCCCAGAUUUCCCUUGGUCAGGGCCCCUUUCAGCGCUCCCAAGGUUAGAUAUGUCUACCGCUACUGCCGCGACGGCCGCCACUGGCCAGAAACAGCUCGAAAAGAAGCCCGUGAAGUUCAGCAAUCUGCUACUGGGUGCUGGAUUGAACCUCUUUGAGGUCACCACUUUGGGUCAGCCGCUGGAAGUGAUCAAGACGACCAUGGCUGCAAACCGGGGCGAUAGCUUCGCUGGUGCUAUGGGUCGAAUUUGGGGCCGUGGCGGGAUCCUCGGUUAUUAUCAAGGUCUCAUUCCGUGGGCCUGGAUUGAGGCCUCCACUAAGGGCGCCGUCCUCCUCUUCGUCGCAUCGGAGGCGGAGUUCCGUGCCAAGGUGCUUGGUGCGCCCGACUUCGCCGCCGGUAUCGCUGGAGGUAUGGUCGGUGGUAUCGCACAGGCAUACGCGACCAUGGGUUUCUGUACCUGCAUGAAGACCGUUGAGAUCACCAAGCACAAGAUGGCCGCCCAGGGCGUCAAGCCCCCCAGCACCUUCGCGACCUUUAUGGAUAUCUACCGCAAGGAGGGCAUUCGUGGUAUCAACCGUGGUGUCAACGCCGUUGCCAUUCGCCAGACCACCAACUGGGGAUCCCGCUUCGGUUUCUCUCGCCUGGCUGAAACCGCUAUUCGCAAGGUCACCAACAAGGAUGAGGGUCAGAAGCUCAACGCGUUUGAGAAGAUCCUGGCUUCCGGUCUCGGUGGUGGUCUCUCUGCCUGGAACCAGCCCAUUGAGGUGAUCCGUGUCGAGAUGCAGAGCAAGACCGAUGACCCCAACCGCCCCAAGAACCUCACCGUGGGCAAGGCCGCCAAGUACAUCUACGACCAGAACGGCAUCAAGGGAUUGUACCGGGGUGUGGCUCCCCGUGUGGGUCUGGGAAUCUGGCAGACCGUCUGCAUGGUGGCACUUGGUGACAUGGCCAAGGAAGCAGUCGAAAAACUGACGGGCGACAAAGUCACCGCUAAGCACUAGAGAAGGUUUGAGAUACCCUUCUGCCAUGCGCGGUCUCGGUCGGAGGAGCGGAUGCUAGAUAAUCUUACCCAUACGGUGUGGAACUUGCUCGGUCCGUAGCUAGCUAUGCAUAGUGCCGACGAGCAU